GGGUGGGGCAGCAUCAGCACCAGGGCGGGGCAUGACGCUACCCUCAGCAUCACUCCGGCCUCAGCACUCACCUGGGCUGGCCGUGCAGGUGGCUCGCUCCGGUUACCUCAUCUUACCUGCCUGAUCGCGCACCUGUUCAACUCACCUGCCCGGCCCACGCACGCACGCACACACACGCACACACACAUACACACACACACACACACACACACACACACACACACACACACACGCAUACCUGUUUACUUUAAUUACCUACUUGUUUACUUACCUAUUUGUUUAUCUAUAUCUAUCUAUCUAUUCAUUUUUUUCUUCCAUAUCUAUCUAUCUAUCUAUCUUUCUACCUAUCAACUCCUCUCUUCCUUCCCUUCAUCCUUUUUCUCUCUCCUUCUUCAUCUCCGUCUCUUCCCCUUCCUUCCCAUUCUCUUCCUCUUCCUGUGUGUGUUUGUGCUGACGUCAUCUGCUGAGUGCCUGCUGAUCCGUGUGCUGACCCCCUACUGAUCCCUGCUGAGUAUUACCAUUCACAUCACCUGCUGACCUGACCUUACCUUACCUGCUGAGUGUAAGUUACCUGCUGACCUGAUUGUGCCCACUUGACAUUGAAGAACUACCACUGCUGACUCAGAAACUACCUGUAAUUAACCUGCUGAUUGGGAGUUUACCUGUCAAGUUUACCUGCUGACCUGAUUGUGUCCACCUGCUGAAGAAUCUGGUACUGCUGAGGGAUCUCCUGAGCUCUGGACGUGAAUAGAGUGUCUGCUGAGUGCGGUUGUUUACUGAACGCUCCUGCUGAACAGCCUGCGGAUUCGUGAGCUCAACUGAACGACGAAACUGCCUAUUGAACGCCUACUACUACAUUUUCCUGCUUACUGAGUCGUCGCAAGAGCCCCUGCUGGUAAAUGAUCGACUCUUCUGCUUACUCAACGCUCCUGCUGACUUCUCAUUCGUUCAACUUAAGUUCCGGGGUCUGCUGAACCUGCUGAGUCUGCUGAAUUGCGUGAAGUGUCAAGAGGUUACUGCUGAGAGCUUUUCCUGCUGACUGAAAGACUGAACUCUGCUGAACGUCUGCUGAGUUCUCAUAUAUAAGAUUUAGUGACUGCUGGCAUCUGCUGAACCCCUCUCCUGCUUGUUACGAGGUCUUGCUGACUACCCACAAGUCCCACUACCUACUGAAGGCUCUCCUGCUGGUUAGUGAAGUGCCCUGCUGAAGUGUGGUUAUCCUAGCCCCUUACUGCUUGUACAACCAACCUACCUGCUGAAAGUCUGCUGGCCACUAAGAGGUUGAAAGAAGAAGAAGAAAAGAAAGGAAGAUAAAGAAGAAGGAAGAAGAAGAGGAAGUAGAAGACGAAGAAGAAGAAGAAGAAGAAGAAGAAGAAGAAGAAGUAGGAGUUGAAAAAAACAUCAACAACAACAACAACAACAACAGAAGCAUCACCACCAAGAAGAAGAAGAAGAAAAAGAAUAUGAAGGAGUAGAAAAAGAAGAAGAAAAAGAAAAAGAAGAACAGCAGCAACAACAACAACAACAACAACAACAACAACAACAACAACAACAACCAUGCAACUCGAGCAGAUCUUAAGCGCCGCCGUGGCCGCUGUCAACGAAGAUGACCUCAACACCUUCACCACCACCACCACCACCUCCACCCCCUCCAGCGUCCCCUCCCCGGCCCUCCCCCCACAGGACUCCCCCACGCCCCCCUCCGCAGCCCUCCACAGCCGCGCGCCGCCCCCAGUCACCCCUGAGUUAGCCGAAGAGGGGCUGGGGGAGGUGUCCUUUUUCCCUCUGGAUGAUGACAACUUGGUAAUCACAUCCCAGCAAGCUUUGGCCAUGUUUGAAGCCCCCUCAGCCCCUCUUGCAGACCCCCCUACUACCCCGCAGCGCCCCCCACCUCUCAACACCCCGCCCAUGCUCCCCCCAGUCCCCCCCGUCACCCCCCAUUACUACAUCCCCCCCAGCCACACACACCCCGGAGAGAAAUCACUAACGGAGCUUCAAGUGACACACAGACAAACGUUUCCCGAGCUACAGGCCGCGCAGACAACGUUCCCAGAGCUGCCAGUGGAGGAAAAAACGUUUAUCGAGGUCCAGGCAGCGGAAGAAACGUUUGCAGAAGGACAGGAAGCGGAAAAAGCGUUCAUCGAGGUACAACGAGCAGAAGAAACGUUUCGAGAAGUACAGGAGCCAGAGAAAACGUUUAUUGAGGUACAUGGAGCGGGAGAAACGUUCGCAGCGGUACACGAGGCGGAGAAAACGUUGAUCGAGUUGCAAGGAGGACAGGAAACGUUCGAAGAGCCGCCAACGUUCACGGAGCUGUCGGUGGCGCAGGGCAUCUUCACAGGGGGGCCACAGGGGUACACAGGGGGGGCGGAGGGCUUCUUAGGGGGGGAGGAGGUGGUCUUCCCCGACACCUCCUUUUGUGGGGUGCCAGUAGGGGGUGCUCAGUACUCCGGGGUGCCGCUGACGGAGGUGACACUGGGGGAGGGGGAGGAGGAGGGGGUGCCGGCGGUGUCAGCGGAAGUGGAGGUGCUGACUUCGAGUGUGGACGCCCCCCAAUACACCCCCCAGUACACAUCCCUCACCCCCGCCACCCCAGCCGCCCCCCCUGUGGUAGUCCGAGUCGCUGGCCCAGGGCUGAAUUUGUCCGUGCCGAAUACCUUCAUGUCAGCCCCCCAGAGCGCCCCACUACCUUCCCAGCCCCCACCGCAGCCCCCCACGCCGCCCCCCUCACGCCCCCCCGAGCACAGCCACGUCUUGGAGGCACUCAGGGCAUCCAUAUUCCGAUCGCGUGCCCGCAAGCGCGCCGCCCCCCAGGAGGAGAGAGAGGGGGAGAAGGGGAAGGGGAGGAAGAGACGCCGCGCCCCCCUUCCCACCUCCCCCCGCCCCCCCACCCCGCCGCCCGAGCCGUGGGGGGGUGAGGGGGACCGCCGCGCCCCGCCCCCCCAGCCUGAGGACGAGGGCGUGCAGGUGCAACUCGUCUACCUGGUGUAUCCGGUUGACCCCGCCACCGGGACCCCGAGUCAAAUCAUGCUGUCAGACCCAAUAAUGAGCAGGGGCCAGCAGGAUGUCUCUCUGUUCGCCAAUCCUACGGCCCCCAAGAAGGCCUUUGAAAUUGACACAACGCAGCAAGGCCACAGUGAGUACAAACAGAAGCCUAUGUCACAGUGGGAGUACAAGGACAUAGUGCAGUUCUUCAUCAACGGCCAGUGGGGCUUCCAGUCAGGCACCAUGCGAAUCGAGUUCAAUUUCCACGCGAUCAGUGGAGCGACGGGGUCUGAGCUGAUGCGUUUCUCCCGGGCGAAGUUCCUGGAGUUUUCGCCGAAGUACGGGGAUGAGAUUUACGAGUACAUGCAGCAGAAGAUUGCCAGCGAGAGGGAGCGAGAAAGGGAGCGACAGAGGGAGAGAGACAGAGCAGAAGCCCCCAUCCCCCUCUACCACCCCAACCUCCACUCCCCAACCUCCUCCUAUAACAUACCCUCCCCAUCCUCCCUCUCCUCUCUCUCCUCCCCAACCACCACCACCACCACCACCUACCAGAACAGCCUCCACCACCACAGUCAACCAUCCCUAGUCUGCGAUGCCCCCGCCCGAUAUGAGUUGAGGUUUGAGUCCCCCCCACAACCCCUCACGAGGUACCAGGGGGUUGAGAUAGCUGGGGAAGCCUACUCCGUGCCCCCAACAGCCUCCCGAAAGACCAUAUCCCUUCUUCCGCCUCUUGUGGCCAUAGAAGGGAGGGAACGAGAGGAGAGAAGGGAGAGAGCUGGUGACGCUGGUGAAGGAAGAAGUGGAGAGCAAAGUCGGCCAGUGGAGGAAGAGGUCAAGGUGGAGCCCCCGAAGAAGAGGGGUCCCGGCCGCCCCAGAAAGCCAGAAAACGAGCUCAAGAAGAAGAAGAAGAAGACCGGGCGCCUCUGGGAAUUCAUACGUAACCUCCUGCUGGACCCGGAGACCUGCCCGUCGCUGGUCAAGUGGGAGAACCCGGAGGAGGGGCUCUUCCGCUUCAUGGACGCAGAGAAGGUGGCGCGGAGGUGGGGCGACCGCAAGCAGAACAGGGAGAUGAACUACGAGAAGCUGAGCCGAGCGAUGAGGUACUACUACAAGACCCACAUCUUUGAGGCGGUCAUCGGCAGGCGUCUCGUUUACAAGUUUGGUAAGAAUGCCAAGGCGUGGCAACCCGACAACCCUAACUUCCCCGACAUACACCAGAACCUCGGCACUCACCGCGACCCCCCUCCGCCCCCCCAGCCCCCGCCGCCACCACCACCCAUACACCACCACAAUGACCCCACACCACAACCACACCACCACAAUGACCCCACACCACAACCACACCUCCACAGUGACUCCAUCUCGUCGUUACACCACCAUAGUGAGGCACCACCGCCACUGCACCACCACACCGAGUCCACCUCACAGUUGCGUCACCACUCAGACCCUCCACCUCCACUACAUCACCACCAACAACACCAGCCAGAGUCACAGUACCACAGAGAGUCAUCACCGCCACAGAUAUCCAUACACCAGGGUAGUGCGUCACCACCACCACCCCUGACACACCACCUCCACCACACACACACCUUACAGAACCUAACCAUGCACCACCACCACCUACAGAGCCAUCACAACACCUAGCAGCAGUGUGGGGGGGGGUGAAGGAGGGAGAGAGAGUAAAAAUUAUCCGCCAUAACCGAGGAUUUUACCAAGGUCGUUCCAGUGUGCAUUCUCUUUUGUGUGUGUGUGUGUGUGUGUGUGUGAAAGUGACUGUGUGUGUGUGUGUUUUAGAUAGAUAGUUAAAGAGAAAAAGUGAUAAAGUGGAAGGAGGUGAGGGAAUGGUAUAUGAGGUUAGGGAUGAGUGACGUGAGUGUGUUCUAAGGACACAGCGUUACUCUGUCGCCUGAUUUUUUAAACCUGCCACUCUUCGUCAACAACACUGUGGAUGAUUCGCCUUUUUUAACCUGUUUUUCAAGGCGCUGUUAGUUAGUUUUGUUGAGAUUUUAGAAGCUUUUAUGACCGAGUUUGUAACGUGUUGACAACAUGUGAAAACCCAACACUACUAACUAACUAUGCCCCAAAAAGCAGAAUAAAAAACCCAAACUAGCCACACAACUGUUGAGAAAUACUAACACGACGUUUGUGAUAUAAUCUGGCAGACUUGUGUUAGUGUUGCCAGACUUGAAAUAUAUGUACUUCAGUCAACACAAAAUAACAAACAAAUGGAUAAUCAAAUAGUAUAUAAAUUGGUGCAUUACGUGUACCAGGAAUGUAUAUUUUUUGGCUGCAUCAGUCACGCAUAAACUAAUAUUACUUACAACAUUUUAUAUAUAGAUUACACUGGAUCCUUCCCUUAUAGCAGAACCUAUGCAUAAAAAUCAGGCCUUGGUAAACCAGGAAUUAAUAUUUUUGGCUGUGGAUAAGUCACACAUACACGGAUGUUACUUAAAACUUUUUAUAUAUUGAUUAAAGUAGAUUUUUACCUUAAACCAUAGCUUGUGCAUAGAAAUCUGUGCCUUAGAGAACCAGAAAUGAGUAUUGUUGGCCGUGGAUAAAUCUUGCCAUAAUUUAACCCGGUAGCAGUGACGGGCCAAAUUUGUGACU